AUAAAUGACACGUUUUGGGUUAAGUCCCAAUAUGUCUUCCUGACAGUUCCGAAUAUCGCAAAAUUCCAUAUCGAAAAUGAGCUAUGGUCUCGGAUCACACGAAUCUACCAUUUUUUCCGAAAUACGAGACCGACCGUUUGUUCGAUGACAAAUUAUCUGUAACAUGGUUUGAGACGAAUUUUUCACAAUCCCACUACAACGUCCACAACAUCAGCAGGGGAAGCAAUGCUUGCACACUAAUCGCCAUCCUUGUGGCAGCAAAAUGUAAUAAGUACAAAAUAUUGAUAAACAAACCAGAAAAUUGUUUGACCGUUAAAUUGGUCCAGGUGCUAGCCUUGAGCAUGCUCGAGGGAAAUCAGAUUCACGAAAAUCUGAAGCUCAAUAAUAAACUGAAGCAUAUCAACUUGAAUGUCCCAGAGGCAAUAUCGUUUGCUGACAAAGAUACCAAAGGAAUAGUAGAAUGGAAAAAUGAAGUUUUUAUGGAACCUCUGGCAAAAUCUUUGUAUACCAACAUAAGAAUACAUUGGAGAAACUGGGUGAAAUCCCAAAUGAACAAUGAACCUAGUGAUUUGUAUCUUGUUUUGGUGGCUGAUGCUAGGACAGUUUUGUUUAUUUUUCAAAUACGAAGCGAGACUAUUACCCUGGUAGAUUCACAUCAACAUAGUGCUGAAAAGGGGGCCUUCAUAGCUAUAGCUCACUGUUCGAUAUUAAAAUACCUUUGUGAAUGGUAUACCAAAGUUUUGUUCAAAUUCAACAACUCUGUGCCACAACUCUACGAAUUAUCGUUCCUGUAUUUCAAAAAAUCAUAAAUUACAAAAAUUUCACGAAUAAUCGGCUGUUUAUUGUUGUUCUUUUAUCGCGUCCACUCAGUAUUGGAAAAAUCCGCUACUAUGCG